AUGAGUCGGCCACAGCUCGAUGGGACGGCGCUCGACCUGUUUGCGCGGCGGCCGACGCGAAGUUUCCGGACCAAUUUGAACUUCCUGGAUAGCGCGACGAAGACACGAGACGGAGAAGAAUGUGGAUACCGACCGCGACAAGUCGUUGAGCUGUGUGGGGCGAGCGACACGCCCACGAUGCGCGUGCUCGAGCACGUGGUGGUCUCUUUCCUCAUGAAAAGUUGCAAAGGUCCCGCCCAGACAGGAAACGAGCGCGUUGUCAUUUUUGACCACGAGUAUCAAGUGUCUACAGCGCGUAUCGAAGCACUCGUGUCUUGUCGAUUGGCGGCGAGCGAGCAAGACGAGGCGGUGAAGGAAGCGCUGAGUCGAGUGCAGAUCUGCCACUGUCGGGACUCGUUCCAGUGGCUCGCCACGCUCAAUUACCUGCAUUUUGAGCUUUUGGAAGUGACUCCAGCACCUUUGAUGCUAGUCGUCAACACUGUUGGGUCGUUUCAUGCGAUUGACAAGAUGACAGCCAAGAGCGUGGGGAGCGGACUGGCGUUAUCGGAUCAAGUAUUUGUGUACCUGAAACAGUUCAUCCAGCAUCAUUCACCUAUUGUUUUUGCGACAAAGGAGACUACGAGUGCGUACAUAUCGAUGGUUAGGAUGUGUCUAGUAGCGCUAACUGCUUCGUACUUGGCUAGAAAGUUUGCGCGAUUCUUGGGACCAUGCUGA